AUAAAAAUAAAAUAAAAUAAAUUUGUGCAACAAUGUCUUUCAGAAGUCUCUCACUGGUCCUAUCUUUUGCUGCUGCUGUCCUUUGUGGUUCACGUCCAUGCUGCGAAGCCGAGAAGGCUUGUGAAGAAAGACAACCGUUUACAUGCAACAGCACCGAUUCUUUCAACAGAGGGAGCUUCAAACCCGGGUUCAUCUUUGGUGCUGCAUCUUCGGCUUAUCAAGUUGAAGGAACCGAAGGUAGAGGUCUUAAUAUUUGGGACGGUUUUACUCAUCGAUACCCAGUAAAAGGAGGACCGGAUAAGCGCAACGGAGAUAUUGCAUGUGGGUCUUACAAGCAUUAUCAGAAAGAUGUUGAUGUAAUGGUCGAUAUGGGAGUCGACGCCUACAGAUUCUCGAUCGCGUGGUCGAGAAUUAUUCCUAGAGGAAAGGCAAGUCGAGGGGUCAACGAAGAAGGCAUAGAAUACUACAAUAAACUCUUAGAUAGCCUUGAAGCAAAGGGGAUUAAGCCGUUUGUCACCAUCUUCCAUUGGGACCUUCCUCAAACAUUGCAAGAUGAGUACGAAGGUUUUUUAGAUCGUCAGAUCAUAGAUGAUUUCAAAGACUACGCAGAGAUCUGUUUCAAGAGAUUUGGUCACAGAGUGAAACAUUGGAUGACGAUAAACCAAAUCUAUACCAUCUCUACAAGGGGGUAUGCAACCGGAACCGACGCACCUGGUCGAUGUUCGUCUUGGCUCAACAGAAACUGCUACGACGGAGAUUCUGGAACAGAGCCGUACAUCGUCGCACACAAUCUGCUCCUUGCUCAUGCGACUGUGGUCGAUCUAUACCGGAGGAAAUAUCAGAAAAUCCAAGGAGGGCAAAUUGGAAUCACAAUGAUAACGAGAUGGUUUAUUCCUCGCGAUGAUUCGGAUGAGAGUCUUAAAGCUGCCGAGAGAGCCAAAGAAUUCUAUCAUGGAUGGUUCAUGGACCCUCUAACAAAGGGUUAUUACCCGCCAAUUAUGAGGAAAAUGGUUGGAGAUCGUCUACCAAGGUUUUCCGCAACAGAAUCGUUACUUGUGAAGGGAUCAUAUGAUUUUGUUGGCAUCAACUAUUACUUAACCGAUUAUACGUAUAGUAUCGACCCCAAUCCUCCCCAUAGACUCCACAUGAUGAACGACUCGCUCGCAGGAACAUCAUUCCAUAAUCACAAGGGUCCAAUCGGACCAUCGUUUGGUAUCGACUCCCACUAUUAUCCAAGAGGCAUUUUAAAGGUUCUUGAGUCCUUCAGGGAGAAAUAUGAUAAUCCUAUGAUCUAUAUAACCGAAAAUGGGUUUCAAAGUCACCGUAGGUCAAUGGAUGAAAACCUUCGUGACUAUGAGAGGAUAGACUAUCAUUGCAGUCAUCUUUGUUUUCUCCGAUCAGCCAUCAAGAGUGGUAGCAACGUGGGAGGAUACUUUGUAUGGUCCUUUCAAGACAACUACGAGUUCUGCAAUGGUUACGACGUUCGUUACGGGAUGAGUUACGUAGACUUCGACAAUGCGACAACGGACAGAAUGCUUAAGGAUUCGGGAAAAUGGUUCAGGGAGUUCUUAGGCCGAAAGAUAAGAAUCGAACAGAAUGCUUAAGGAUUCGGGAAAAUGGUUCAGGGAGUUCUUAGGCCGAAAGAUAAGAAUCGAUUAGCGUCAUCAUCGCUCUAUGCGUCUUCCUAAGGAUCGUUGAAUGAUUUCCUAAAUAUGAUGGGCAAAAAGACUCGUGGAUAUCUACUUAUCAUCUUGUAUCAUAAUACAUCGGAUAUAUAGAAAAUAAAAAGGAUCAUGUAAUCUUUUCA